AUGUUCUGCUCAAAGAUUCUACUAACAAUUGCGGCCAUCUCCAACGUCGUCUUUGCUGCACAUGGUUGUGGUGAGGUCAAUGUCGUCUACACAGGACUCCCUGGUCGACACAAGUAUGUUAAAGAGCAAGGUGCUGACCCUGUUUUGACGGAGAAACAAAUUGAGGACCAUAUGCGUGAAAUGCGAGAGGCAGGAUACAAUGUUCGAGGAAUAUGGCGAGGUCCUGAGAUCAAUGGAUCUGAAUUCGCCGAGAAUGUUCAAGGUGUUGACUGGCACGCCGCGGGCGUUGGAUUCGGAAUCCGUGGAUCCAACAUUUCAGAGCUUACAGGCCUAUUCGAAGACAAUCUUGCCAUCUAUCGUGAAGAAGCACCUCAUGCGAAGUUUGUUUUCAAUAACAGCCCAGUUAGCUUUCUAUGGUCUGUUCAGCGAUAUUUCCCUCUGACAAGCGACUGCAAGGACCAUCCCGGAAAGGACCUGGGGUUUAUCACGCUUUGUGACGAGGCGUGCAGUUAG